CUCGAUUAUUAUUAUCUGUACCUUAGGUUCUACGUGCCUCUAGUUACCUCAGACGCGAUUGUUUGAAAAAUCAACUGGAUAGCCCACUGGUGUCAACAUCAGCUUGUAAUGGGUUAAUAGAAGAAACCAAAACAUUAUCGUACUGAUUGAAGGAUCUGCCACUUCACACACAUCUCACCAGGCAUCCUUUGCAUCUUCCUGUCAGGGCCAAGAAAUGCUGAUUGGCUUGUGUGGAGGAAUAUGCUCAGGCAAGCACGCCAUCGCAGAUUACCUCAUUGAACAUCAAGAGUUCCAACUCCUUGAGCUGAACAACAAACACUACCCUCGGAUAACCGAUGACCAUGAAGACGAUCUUCGGUUACAAGCUUCGGAACUCAGCAACAAGAGGAAUUCAGAAUUCACAUUCGACAGCGUCGAAUCCCUCCUAGACUUUGCAACGAAAAGAUGGAGGGAGCGCUGGGUCACAACAGAUAUCUGGGAUACUGCGACCAUAGAGCGUUUUCUUCAACGACCAUUUUUCCUCCUAGUGAGCGUUGAUGCGCCAGUUAGUCUUCGGUGGAAGCGGUUCACAGAUAGGUGCCGAAGGAGACAGCUUGAUCCUCCUCCGCUUGAAAGAUUUGUUAUAUGGAAUGAUCGGCACCUUUACGAUAAAGAAAUUGGACGUGCCUAUCUGACGGAUCGUGCGCAAGUGCGAUUGUUCAACUCAUGCUCUUCUUUGGAGGAACUGCAUGCUGCUCUUGAAGCCCUGAAUCUCGCCGACGAGCAACGUCUACGUCCCAACUGGGACCAGUAUUUCAUGCAACUAGCUUCACUCGCUGCGCAGAGAAGCAAUUGCAUGAAGAGAAGAGUGGGCUGUGUGCUCGUUAGGGAGCGCCGUGUAAUUAGCACCGGAUACAACGGGACUCCUCGGCAUCUUACCAACUGCAAUGAAGGUGGAUGUCCGCGAUGCAACCGUGGAGAAGGAGGAGGCGUUGGCCUAUCGACAUGUCUUUGCCUUCAUGCUGAAGAGAACGCUUUGUUGGAAGCAGGCCGAGAGCGUAUACGUGAAGGUUCAAUACUCUAUUGCGAUACAUGCCCUUGCUUGACGUGUACAGUCAAGAUCGCCCAAGUCGGUAUAUCGGAAGUCGUGUAUUCCCAAGGAUACAACAUGGACCAAGAAGUUUGUCUGAAUCACCACACUUUAGUAAACGCAGCUAACAGGAGGCAGAGUGCUGCAAUCUUGAAAGCUGCUGGAGUAUGUCUGAGACAGUUUUCCCCGCCUCGAAACGGCCUCAUCUAUCUCCAAAAUUCUCAGAACAUUGCUUCGGAUUUGCCCUUGAUCAUCAGUCUUUCCGGUGGGAAUGAUGUCUCAUAAAGCGCUUGUUCAUGAUAUAGCGUUUAGUUCGACCAAGCGAUAUCUACAGACCGUCUGACUCGACAUUUCGAGAUUGUUUUGCAUGAACCAUUGCAAUAGAGGGAUAUAGAUUUUGAAAUAACAAAUAAAGAGGAGCAUUGGUUUCCAUUGGUC